UUGUACGGGGCUGCUGCUGAUGCAGAGAUCAUAGCAGGCGAUUGUGUUUCUCUUAGUUAGUAACGGAAGCAUGGCAUGGAUGUGGUUUCUCACCCGUUAGGUCUUCACAUUGGAUGGGAAUCUGUUGUGAGCCCUUGUGUCUAAUAGGAGAAUGAGGAAGAGGAGGAACUGGAAACCUUGGGAGCACCUCGGAAAGCUUAUAUGAAGUCUCAAUGAAAGCAUUAGAACAGCCUCUCUAGUUCUUGAAUCAAUGGCUAAGAAAGGGCGUACGAAGGGCGAGAAGCCCGAAGCCCUUAUUUCUGCCUUACAGGCAGCUAAUGAAGAUCUCAGGUCCAAGUUGACUGACAUUCAGAUAGAGCUGCACCAAGAAAAAUGCAAGGUGAGCAAACUGGAGCGAGACAAGGUGCAAGAGGUGAAGCGGGUGCGAGAGCAGGAGCAGCACCGUCAUACUGCCAUGCUAACAGAGCAGCGGGCAAAGUGGCAUGAGGAAAAGCAAAAGGAGCUCCAGGCUCUCAGGGAAAACCUGACACGGCAGCACGAGCAAGAACUGGCCCGCCAUGCUAAAAUCAAAGACCAGGAAAACCAGAGGCUGAAAGCAGCACUGAAUGCCAUGCGUGAUGGCAGUGGAGAGAAGGUACGCACAGCACUGACUCUUGAAGCCAAGGAGGACGCACGUCGUUUCUUUGACCAGGAGAGAGUUAAACUCCUGCAGGAGAUAGCAGAGCUAAAGGCUACUAAAAAGCAGACUGACGAGGCUCUCAGCAACAUGAUCCAGGCUGACAAGAUGAAGGCUGGGGACCUGCGGGUGGAGCACCAGCAGCACCAGGAGCAGAUCUCUAAGAUCAAAUGGGACUGUGAGAAAGACAUCCGCAGACUGGUGGACGAAAUCAAAGGUAAGGACCGCACCAUUUUCGCUCUGGAAAAAGAACUGGAAUCGACAUCGGGUUACUUACAGAAGCUGCAGCUUCAGAAGGAUGCCCUGGAUGAACAGUUAUUCCUUGUUAAGGAGGCUGAGUGUGGCCUGGGAAGCCCAAAAAGAGAAAUCCCAGGCAGAGCUGGAGAUGGUGCGGAGCACUGUGGCAGCCCAGACAUGAGGAGAAACCAGAGGCGUAUGGCUGAACUCAAUGGGACUAUACGCAAGCUGGAGGACCGCAACUCGCUGCUGGGGGAUGAGAGGAAUGAACUGCUGAAACGUGUUCGAGAGUCAGAGAAGCAGUGUAAGCCCCUGCUGGACAAGAACAAGCUGCUGAGUAAGAGGAAUGACGAUUUGACCCAGACGAUCCAGAAGCUGGAGGAGAAGCUGAAGAGCCUGAUGAAAGAAAACCUUGAGAUGAAGGAGAGGAUAAACUCUCAUCCUCCACUGAAGAAGCUAAAGUCUCUCAAUGACCUGGACCAAGCCCAUGAUGACCAGGAAAUAGCCUUUCUCAAGCUUCAAGUCUUGGAGCAGCAAAGCAUGAUUGAUGAACUGACAAGAGACCGAGAAAAACUCCUAAGAAAGAAACGGCAUAAAAGAAGUUCAAGGCCAAUAAAGAGGCAUAUCGUGGUUGAUACUUUCUUUGGGUAUGAUGAAGAGUCUAUGGACUCAGAGACAUCCUCAGUGGCUUCAUUUCGAAUGGACAGAACUCCUGCUACUCCUGAGGAAGACCUGGAUGAUAGUCUAGCCAACGAGGAGUCAGAGCUACGUUUCCGUCAGCUCACCAGGGAAUACCAGGCCUUACAGCGAGCUUACGCCCUGCUGCAGGAACAGAAAGGAGGCCUACUGGAUGCUGAAAUCGAAGCUAAGGCUCACGAACAGCUCCAAGCAGAGGUUCUCAGGUAUAAAGCCAAGAUAGAGGACUUGGAGAAGGAACUAACCCUGAAGGGACAGGACUCCAAAUGGGUUGAAGAGAAGCAGCUGUUCCUAAGAAGGAAUCAGGAGUUGUUAGAAAAGGUGGAAAAGUUGGAGUCAGACUGUAAUCGGCUGCAGCAGGAGCUUCAAGACUCCAAAGAUCAAAAUGAACUGUUAGAGUUUAGGAUACUGGAGCUAGAGGAGCGCGAGAGGAGGUCUCCUCCAUUCAACCAUUUGAGAAUGCAUCCUUUCUCUGAGGGAGUCAGUGCACUGCAGAUCUACUGUAUGAAGGAAGGAGUUAAGGAUGUAUGCAUACCAGAUCUCAUCAAACUGCUGGAUAUCCUCGGAGACAACGGGAACUUAAGGAACGAGGAGCAAGUGGCUAUUAUUCAGGCUAGCACCGUUUUGUCACUUGCAGAAAAGUGGAUUCAACAGAUUGAAGGGACAGAGGCAGCACUGCACCAGAAGAUGAUGGACCUGGAGAUAGAGAUGGAGAUGUUUUGCAAACAGAAAGGAUAUCUGGAAGAGGAGCUGGACUACAGAAAACAGGCCCUGGAUCAGGCAUACAUGCAAAUCCAGGAGUUGGAAGCAACCUUAUACAACGCCCUGCAGCAAGACAAGGUGAUAAAGUACGGCGAGCCUCUGGAUGAGCUUCAGAGGGACGAGCUGCGGACGGCAGUGGAGAAGCUGAGGAGGCAGAUGCUGAGGAAGAGUCGAGAGUACGACUGCCAGAUCCUCCAGGAGAGGAUGGAACUUCUGCACCAGGCACAUCAGAGAAUUCGUGAUCUUGAAGAUAAGACAGAAAUCCAGAGGAGGCAGAUUAAAGACCUGGAGGAAAAGGUGGUAUGUCAGCUUGGGGAUCUUGUUUGUGACUGCAGUGUUAUUUAUUUUCUGGACAAGUGUGAAACGGUGUGUGUAGCAGUGGCUGCUCGUGUCAUAACAUCAGUGACUGCUGUCGGUAUAGCUGGAUGUAUUGUGUGCUGGUCGGAUCACACUUCAGAUUUAAUAUUAUUAUUAUUAUUAUUAUUAUUAAUAUCGUUUUUUAACCGGGUGAGGUUGGUUCUCAUCCUGCUGCCCAGGAUGAUAUUUUUAGGACAUUAAAUAUCUCUCCAAGCAGCUGAGAAUACAGACUGCAAGGAAUGGCAGGCAAUUGGGGAAACAGAUAUAGUGCAUUCAGACAUGUACACACACACACACACACACACACACACACA